AUGUUGUACGAUUUCCGCAAGCCUGGAGACAGUUCCUCUCUGUACAGUCGCAUUUUCAUGGACUCCAACGCUAUUCCCGCCCAACCAAAGUCUCUUGCUGAGGUACAAGGCCAGUUUGACGAGCUGUGCGACCAUUUUGGGAUUGAGAGAAGCAUUCCAAAUAGCCAAAAGUUGGGCAUCCUACGAACAAAGAGCGUACAAGACCUUUUGAGAACGAUCUCUCACCUGAAAAACCAUACCUUCCGGCCAGUCACGGACGACAUUUUUAUUCACUUUGGCAUGGUAGACUAUCUACAAAGCAGAGGAUUCGCGGAUGAGUUCAAGAAGAGAGAGUAUAAGAUUCUCAUCGGCGAGGUGCUCAACGAAGAAACCCUAUACGCGUCUUACAACCCCCCGAUCGAGCCUACCCUCGAUGCUCUUCGACUGCAAAUAUCAAACUACUACGCGCCAGAUGUUACGGACCGUGCUAUUAAGCAGUAUACACUUCCAAAUUCAAGCAAUUUAGAAGACUGGCAGAACAUUUUUGGUAAGACACAGGAAGACGUCGACAGAUAA